UCUUCCCCUUUCAACAUUUUACCCAAAUCCAAAAACCCUAAAAAUCUCAAUCUCCAAAAAUGAAUUCCCCUCUCUCAGCCUCCGCUCCUCUAUCUCCGUCGCCUCUCUCCGCCCAUAGCUCCGCCGCGACCACCCCCAUUCUCCUCCCCGCCUCCAUCCUAUCCUCACACAAGAAGAAUUUCGCUAUCAAAGCCGCCUCCUCCUCCUCAACCAACCCCUCUCCACCAAUCCCCUUCAUUCCCCAUCUAAAGGCCGCCGCCUGCGCCGUCGUAAUCGCCGCCGCGACAUUCUCGAAGUUCCAAUCCCCAGCCAGGGCGGAGCUUCCGAAGCCAUCCGAAACCCUAACCGCAACCGUAGGCCGCGAAGACAUCCAACAGGAAGAAGACGACGACACCGCCGCGAAUUCGCCUCUGACGCAGCUCCUCGAAUCCAGCUCCGAAGCUAUCGACGCGCUGAAGAAGCUCCUCCAGGAGAAGCUCGACGCCGGCGAGGACGCCGAGAGCCUCUCGAUUCUACGGAAGCUCUCCGCCGCGCAGCCGGAAAAUCAGGAGUGGAGGUUCAUGAUCGCGAGGCUCCUGAGCGAGAUCGGGAGAAUCGAGGAGGCGCGCGAGGCGUUCGAGGAGAUCCUAUCGCGAAAUCCGCUCAGCUUCGAGGCGCUGUUUGAGAACGCGCUGUUGAUGGAUCGGUCAGGGGAGAGGGAGGAGGUGAUGCGGCGGCUGCAGAAGGCGCUGGGGGUGGCGGAGAGCGAGAUGAAGGCGAAGGAGGCGAGAGACGUGAGGCUGAUCAUGGCGCAGAUGCAGUUCCUUCACAAGGAUGUGGAGGAGGCGCUGCGGAGCUACGAUGAGCUGGCGAUGGAGGAUCCCUCCGAUUUCCGCCCCUAUUUCUGCAAAGGUAUGAUUUACAGCUUGUUGGAUAAGAACGACGAGGCAAAGCAGCAAUUCGCCAAGUAUAAACAGCUUUCCCCCAAAAAAUUUGAAGUGGAAGGCUAUCUCCGGUCGCCAUUGUCGAGAAUGAAGCUUUUUGGUACUGAUGAGGCCAAUUAAUCGAUUUUGAUAUCAGAAAAUUGAGAUUUUGCGGUUAUUCAAAUUCUGAUGUUUCUAACAUUAUUCAUCAAUAAAUUCAAUAAAGUACUAUUUUGAGAUCA